ACUCCUACUUUAUACUUAUCUUCGCUAAUAAUUUACGUACUGUACAUGGUUUUUUUCUUCGUGUUAUGCGAAUGCGAUUCCGGGCUUGGUUGUGUAUGAUUUUGUCAUCGGUGUUUCGUUCGGCCAACAUUUUGGCAUUUUUGUUUCAAGGUUAAAAAAAUAAUCGAAGUUAUUUCUGAAUUGUCGACUGUCUAAAAGAGAAAUACAAGCAAUCCAGAUGUCGUAUCCGCCGCCGAAUCAACCUGGUUAUCCGCCAGCUCCAUAUGGUCAGCCUCAAUCUCAGCCUCAGCCUGGUGGAAACUACUACCCGCCUCCGUAUCCUCAACCAGCUGGAUACCCUCCUCCAGCUGUCGGCUAUGCUCCUCAUCAUCAGCAACAACCUGUAGUCACUCAGCAGCCACUUCCAUCGCACCAAGGGCAAUAUGGUCCUCCUGCGGACGGUUGGAUGGCGUUACCAGCCCAAGUGCCAGUUAAUGUGCCAUCAGGUCUUCAGUAUCUAACGACCAUAGAUCAGUUAAUGGUUAAACAGAAAGUUGAGCUUUUAGAAGCGUUUAUUGGAUUUGAAACCAAUAAUAAAUAUACAAUUAAGAACAAUCAAGGCCAGAAAGUGUUUUACGCGGUUGAAGAUAACGACUGCUGUACUCGAUUGUGCUGUGGUGCGAUGAGAUCGUUCGAUAUCAAGAUAUUGGAUAAUUACAAGAACGAAGUCAUCCAUAUCCGUCGUGAUUUAGCCUGCAGUUCGUGUUGGUUCCCAUGUUGUCUUCAGAAAUUGCAAGUAUUUUCACCUCCCGGUAAUUUAGUCGGUUCGGUCGAGCAGACUUGGAGCAUAUGUACUCCAGAAUUCGACGUUAAAAACGAAAGCGGUAGCACUGUGCUGAAAAUCGAAGGACCUAUAUGCCGAUACGGUAUCUGCGGCGAUGUUGAAUUCAAAGUUUUAUCGCUCGACAAAUCAGCUGUUGUCGGUAGAAUUUCAAAACAAUGGAGUGGUCUGAUGCGGGAAGCUUUUACGGAUGCGGAUUAUUUUGGUAUUUCAUUCCCACUUGAUUUAGACGUCCGUAUGAAAGCUGUCAUGAUUGGCGCCUGCUUUUUAAUAGAUUUCAUGUACUUUGAAAAAACAGCCAACGAGGAACACGACGGAAUUGGUCUUUGCUAAUAUCUACCUUACUCAUGCUGUCUGCAAUUUGUUUUUUUCAUUUAAGUACAACUUAUUGUUUUUCCCAAAGUUUGAUAUUGUUGGCACAAGUUUUUUUUUUACUUUUUGCAUGAUUGUUACUUUUUUGGUUAAAUUUUGAUCGAAAUUUAUACGUACGUACUUAAAUAUUAAGCAGAGUUUAAGUACACACUUAUGAUACUGUGUCAUGUCGUUUGAGUUUUUAAAAUUUGUUUUAUUAUUGUUUUAUUAUUAUUUUUUUAAUACGUUCGUGUAUCUUAUAUUUUACUCAUUGUUUAACACUAAAGAAGAAGAUUUUAAUUACGUUAAUUUUAAUGUUACUUAUUAUUGAAAUACCGGUUCAGCGAUCUUCGAGCUGUUGGUGGCCAAUCUAUUUGCAACUGAUCACGGGGAGUCGCGUAGCGAAGUGCCUGAAUUCUUUUAUAUUUUUUAACGUCAGCUAAUAGACAAUGCUAGCUGCUCCAAGAUCGCUAUAAAAUGUUGAAUGUUAUUUUUGUAUUAUUUCUGUAAUAUUUUUGUUCGAGUAUCAGAGUGAAUUGUUUCAUGUUUCAGUUCCAGUUUACCAGUGUUCUUUCCAUGUUUUCCACUCUGACGAGCUCUUUUCCUAUGUAAUCGAAAAUUCCAAAAUUAUAAUUUGUUUAAUAAUAUCGAAAUACCUCUAAUUCUUCUUUUCUUCCGUACGUUACCAAUUGUUUUGGUAAAAGACGUUGGCAUUUUUUUGUGCAUUUAGUUAUGAAAUUUAAUUAUCUAUCUACAGAAUGGCAUUUGUAUUUUUUUAAAUAUUUUACAACGUUUAAUCAGUUUUAUUAUUGCAUAUUAUAUUACUUAUAUGAACUGUAUGCUUUUUAUGAAUCUGAUAAAGAAAUGUUUUUAACUCGAA